AUGCGCGCACUCGGCUAUGCCAUCCUGUUUGCCUGCCCUCCCAGGCUUCCCGCCGUGCUCUCUCAGCCCACCCGUUUGGUAGAACGGGCAGGGGCAAAGGCGGUGGGAGAGAGGGAGUACCGCCUUUGCAUCUGAGGAGGCCGUGGGAGUCCUCCGGCUCCCAGAGGCUGAGAGCCGAAGCCGAGGGGCGGGCCUUGCCGCAGCUUGGUGUACUUGCGGAGACAGCAACAGCCUCUAAGUUGAACCCGAAAGCAGAAGAGCUUUUUAUGGUUGGUUUCUUUUCCCUCGAUGUUCUGUGGAGCUUGCCGGUAUGGAUGUUUUCCUUAAGUAGAAGUGUGUUUAAGGGCAAUCCUUGGCCACUCGAUGAAGCCAUGCUGGUGUGAGCCUCCAGCUCGGAAAAUUCUGAACAAGUUUCCUUGCUUUGGCUGCCAGAAGCUGGGAUGACACGAUAAGGAGGAAUUGUUUUCUGUCUUUUAUCUUCACCUGAGUACCCGCUACUGAAAUCCUGCCUUUCAUACUCAAUUCCCAACAAAGGAUGGAGAGCAUCCUGGCUGAUUUGUGUGGGACCAACCCGGAUAAUCCACUCCCUGUGUGGGUUCAUGGCAGCAUUGGCCAUUGCUUUAAUCAGCUGACAUUAAAUGUGAUUCCUCAUGCAAUACUUGCAGUGGUUAGUGCCUGCUUCCUUGGCACUCCAAGAUCUGGCUCCAGGGUGCCUUGCAGGCCAAGCUGGGGAUGCAGAAUUGCUGCCUCCUUCACACUUGCUGUCUUAUUCCUUGCUGAUACCAUUCCAGCCACCAUUUCUCAGCAAGAGUUGGGCCCUCUAUACCUGGAAGUGCUGGUAAAUGGCACUGCCACCCUGACGUGGUUCACGCAUGGCCUUGCUCUUCUCAUGCUCUUCAGAUCCAUUCAUGGCUUUACGAAGGGCCCAGUGGCCCUGGCUUUCCUUGCUCUUUUAUCCAUACCUUCCCUCAUCAUAAAACUAGUAUGGUACUACCACAAGACAGCUUGGUCUCCUGCCCACCCUGCUGCCUCCUCCAGGUUCGCCAUUCUCUGUCUGCAGCUGGCCUCUCUGCUUGUCUAUGUGAUUGGCUACCUCUUCCCCACCACUAGCAGGCAAGAAUUCCUCUCCAUCAAUCACUCCUGGCAUGAAGACCAGCUCAUCUCCGAGCCAGGAAUACCAGUGCCUGAUCAGCAGAGAGUGGCAGAAGAUGGUGAGAGCUGGCUUUCACGCUUCUUUUACAUUUGGAUGAACCCUCUUAUGAAACAUGGCUAUCAGGGCAAGCUGAAGCAGCCACAGGAUGUCUAUGUGCUUCCUCGCCAGCUCCAGGCUGCCAGUGUCUGUGAUUGUUUCUACUCUUGCUGGCAGAAGAAGGCAGCUCUCCCCCAAGUAGAGGAAGAGACUGUCUCUCUUACUAGCCCAAUCAUUGCCAGAGGUGAUGGGAGUAGCAAUGCCCCAGACAGCCUUCAGCACGCCCAGAAGCCUGUGCGACUCUUCUCAGUCCUGCAUGCAGCAUUUGGACUUCGUUUCUACUCCCUUGGACUUCUCAAGCUGGCUGGCAACCUGCUAGGUUUCUCAGGCCCUCUGCUUCUGAACCUGCUGGUGAAUUUCAUGGAGUCACAGCAAGAGCCCCUGAGCCAUGGAGUACUUUAUGCUCUUGGACUCUUUGCUGGCUCCUUUUUGGGUGCUCUCUUCCGCAACCAGUUCACCUAUGAGGUGAACAAGGUGACACUGAUGGUGCGAGCUGCCAUAAUCUCUGCCAUCUACCGCAAGGCUCUGCGUGUCAGCAGCAGCAGUCUUACCCGAUUCACUCUGGGGGAAAUUGUCAACUUCAUGAGCACAGAUGCUGCUAGGUUGGUCAACUUCUGUAUCAGCUUCCACGAAGUGUGGAGCAUGCCUUUCCAGUUUGCCAUUACCCUCUACCUCCUCUAUGAGCAAGUAGGGAUAGCCUUUUUGGGAGGCGUGGCCCUGACACUGCUGCUUGUGCCCAUCAACAAGAUUAUAGCUAACCGCAUCCUGAUGAACAACAAGGAGAUGCUGAAACAUAAGGAUGCACGGGUCAAGCUAAUGACAGAGUUCCUGUCUGGCAUCCGUGUGAUCAAGUUUUACACCUGGGAGAAGCAUUUCAGCACCAGGAUAAAUGCCUGCCGAGCUAAAGAGCUGCAGAAAUUACGAGCUGUCCAGUACUUGGAUGCUGUGUGUGUGUAUCUGUGGGCAGCACUGCCUGUUCUUGUCUCCAUUGCCAUCUUCAUCACUUAUGUCCUGUUGGGUCAUCCGCUCACAGCCACAAAAGUGUUCACAGCACUGGCCCUUGUUGGGAUGCUUAUUCUUCCUCUCAAUAGCUUCCCAUGGGUGUUGAAUGCAAUCUUGGAAGCCAAAGUUUCCCUGGAUCGAAUCCAACGUUUCCUUGAGCUUGUAGACCAGGACCUGGAAGCUUAUUACGCCCUAGAUGUCCCUUCAGGUACUGCUGCUGCCAUGGAGAUUCAGUGUGCAGCCUUCUCAUGGACACCAGUUGAGGAGGAAAGCACCAGGCAGCCCUUAUCCGCAGGCACUCUGCAACUGCACAUUGAGAACCUGUCAGUGGAAAAGGGGAUGCUCCUGGGAGUUGUUGGGAGAAUCGGCUCUGGCAAAAGCUCUCUGCUUGCAGCCAUCACUGGAGAGCUCAUUAAACAAGGUGGACGAGUGUAUAUUUGUGACCUGGAGCGGGGAUUUGGUCUGGCUGCACAGGAGCCUUGGAUACAGUCUACUACUGUCCGUGAGAACAUCCUUUUUGGGCAGGAAUAUGAUGCCAGGCUCUACAAGGAGGUGGUGGAGGCCUGCGCCCUCUCUGAUGACCUAAACAUUUUACCAGCAGGUGACCAGACAGAGGUGGGUGAAAAUGGUGUGACACUCAGUGGGGGACAGAAGGCUCGAAUAGCCCUUGCCAGGGCUGUUUACCAGGAGAAAGAGCUUUACCUCCUUGAUGAUCCCCUGGCUGCUGUUGAUGCAGAAGUAGCCAACCAUCUCAUGCAGAAAUGCAUUCUCGGAGUUCUCAAACACAAGACCAGGAUCCUUUGUACCCACAGGACAGAGUUUCUGAAGAAAGCUGAUGCCUUGCUGUUAAUAGACAAUGGCAGGAUAGUUAAGACAGGCACUCCAGCUGACAUCCUGCCACUUGUGGAAGCCUUCCCCAAGUCCAAGGAUAUGGACAAGAGAGAGGAGGAGAAAGCCCAUGAUGAACAGGGCCAAGAAGUGGCUGUAGAAACAGAGGCAAAAGAGUCAACACAAAACAAUCAUCUCAUCCACAAGGAGGAAGAGAAGAAGGAAGGGGCAGUGGCUUUUGAGGUGUACAAAGCAUAUUGGCUAGCAGUGGGCAGCUGCUUGGCAUUAUCCAUCCUUUUGUCACUCUUCCUGAUGCAAGCAUCCAGAAAUAUUUCAGACUGGUGGCUAUCACACUGGAUCUCCAGCAUAUCCCAGACAGCAAAUACCUCUGCGAUGGUCUGCUCAGCUUCUCUUCCUUCCCCACACCUGCUUCUCUUCUCUGUUGCUGGCCUCGUCUCCCCCAUUCAAGCUCUGGACACCACUCCAGCCCCUUCCAAUGGCUCACUGGAUGUGAAUUUCUAUCUGAUAGUUUAUGGGAGCAUUGCAGGAGCCAACUCCUUCUUCACCAUUCUUCGAGCCUUCCUCUUUGCUUAUGGCAGUCUCCGUGCUGCCGCUGUUAUUCACAACCGACUGCUCCAGAGGGUUAUAAAGGCCACAGUCACAUUCUUUGACACCACACCAACAGGACGGAUCCUGAACCGCUUCUCCUCAGACCUGUACUGCGUGGAUGACAACCUGCCAUUUAUGCUCAACAUCUUGCUGGCCAACAUGUAUGGGCUCUUGGGCAUGCUGGUGAUAGUCACCUAUGGCCUCCCAUGGAUUGGUCUGGUCUUACUCCCUCUGGCUGCCCUCUACUACUCCAUCCAGCGCUAUUACCGGUGUACAUCGCGGGAGCUCAAGCGCCUUUACAGUGUCACCCUGUCUCCCAUUUACACUCACUUCUCAGAGACUCUCUCAGGACUGUGCAGCAUCAGAGCCAUGCGGGCAACAGAGAGGUUUGAGUUGGAGAAUCACCUGCGCCUGGAGCAGAACCAGCGCUGCCUCUUUGUCAGCAACACAGCAGCGCAGUGGCUGGACAUCCGCUUGCAGAUGAUUGGGGUCGCUGUGAUUACUGCUAUUGCAGGAAUUGCCAUUAUCCAGCACCAGAAGCAACUGGGAAAUCCAGGACUUGUGGGCCUUUCACUCUCAUACGCCCUAUCUGUCACAAACCUGCUCUCAGAUCUUAUUUCGAGCUUCACUCUGACAGAGACCAUGAUGGUGAGUGUGGAGCGAACAGAGGAAUACACCACAAACAUUCCCACAGAGCCCCAGGAUAAACUGAUCCAGGUUGCUGCUGACUGGCCAAGCCAGGGGCUUGUGGAAUUCCAGCAAGUAGAGCUGGCAUACCGAGAGGGCUUGCCUAAUGCACUUGAUGGCGUGAGCUUCACCAUUUACCCUGGAGAGAAGGUGGGGAUCGUAGGUCGCACAGGAUCUGGAAAAUCCACCCUUUUCUUGGCUCUUUUCCGCAUGCUGGAGCUGAAGUCGGGCCGGAUUCUCCUGGAUGGUGUUGACAGCCACCUUGUGGGCUUGGAGGAACUGAGAUCUAGGCUGGCAAUCAUCCCCCAGGAUCCAUUUUUGUUCAGUGGCUCAAUCCGAGAGAACCUGGACCCCCAAGGGAAAAGGACAGAUGCUGAGCUCCGUGAGAUGCUAGAGCAAUGCCACCUGUGGGAUGCUGUUACUCAAAUGGGUGGAAUGGACAGUGAGGUGGGAGAGAGGGGAAAGAGUCUGUCUGUGGGACAGAGACAGCUGUUGUGUCUGGCAAGAGCCCUCCUGACACAGGCCAAGGUGCUGUGUAUCGAUGAGGCCACAGCCAACGUGGAUCAGAAGACAGACCAGCUGCUGCAGAAGACCAUCCGCCAGUGUUUUGCUGACAAAACUGUUCUGACAAUUGCUCACAGGCUGAACACCAUCUUGGACUCAGACCGUGUGCUAGUGAUGCAAGCUGGGAAAGUGGCAGAGCUGGAUUCACCCACCCACCUAAGCCAGAAAGAUGGCUCCUUGUUCCAGCGCCUCCUGCACAGUGGGCAGCAGUGACCUCCAUGUUGGGCUGGGCCCAGCCAGCCCUCCUGGCUGUGUACCUGACUUUCCUCUUGUUUCAUCCACCAGCCCUGUCCUUGCAGGGCCAGGAGCUGCUGAGGUGGGGGGUUAUUCUUUCCUGCAGACAGCAAUUGUGUGUCCUCAGGGAUGGGAGCAUGUCACUGUGGCUUUUCCUUUGGUAUGGAAGAUGGCACAUGGUGUUUAGGGCUGUGCAAGCCUAGCUGGAUGGGAUACUACUCCCCUCCAAGUCUCCCAUUUGAGACUAGAGGGGUUUUCUGUUCACUGAAGGAGAGUCUUCUAGUCUGAGGCUUAGCCUUAUAUGUGCAGUUUAAAGUGGAAAUAUAAUUCAGUAUUUCUAUGAUCCUUGUGAAGCUGCAUUAUUCAGGUCCCUCUUCCCUUUCCCUACUAGGCACAGACUUUGUGGUGUCCUCUCUGCACAAAAAUAACCCUAUCUUCUCCCCACUACUUUCAGAGGACAAUAACCUGUUGUAG